AUGCUAGGAAUGUCUCCUGGGACACUUACUCAGCGGACGCAAGAAUUUGGUCUGCCACUUGGUCACCAGCAUAAUUUUUCCAACUUGUCCGACACUGACCUGGACAAUAUUGGGAGACACAUUCUUUCAGUUACCUCACUGUGAAUUCUGCGUAGUACUCCACCGAGUAAGUGUCCUACCCAGCGAAACCACCCAAUGCUUCUCUUAGUCCAUGUUGAUUCUCCUGGACCGACAACGAAACUCGACCAUUACCUUGAGACAUUGAUGGUGCCAUUCUUUCUAACGGCCAAAGCGGGAGUCCACUGGCACUAGAAAAGCCCAUUAGAGGCAUCCAUAUAGUUGGGACAGUGCACAGAAAAGUAAGCAGACAAAAAAGCAUUGGGAGUACGGAGAGAGGGGAAAGAAACCCUCCUCUCUCUCUCUCUUCAUUUCUUUUGUUUUUUUUGCCUUGGCUCUAUUUUGCACCAUUUUCUAAUGUCUGAACACUUGGAAUAGGCUAUCACCAGAAGUAACGCAGUGCUCCACAAAGAAAAAUUAUGCAUUCCGCAACACAAUGAAUACAAAGAGCUGUAGAGAUUCCAGAAACAGUUUAAAACCACAGGGCAUUAGACGAAAACACAAAGAGUAGAGGCCUAAGAGACACACAGGGCACUUUGGGAGAGUCCUGGGAGGGGAUGCUUAAAAGCACGCUAGAGCACACUUAAAGGAGCCUACGCUUUUGUCUCACAUGACACAAUAAAGACAAUAAAGAGUGUGCCAUAAAACAAUGAAACGUGAGCAGGCUAAAAUAGAAAGCGUGUUAACCUUCAAUAACAAAAGCUGGCAUACGAGGAAACACCACACGCAAGCGUGUAACUUAGUGUGCUUUUACACAACCCCAGGUACUGCAAGCAAACUUACCAGACGAGAAGCAAAAGUAAUAGGCCUUGACACAGUUUUGGAAGCAAUGGUGAUGAGUAGACAAACGCAUGAGAAAUUACAGUGUUUGUAUGAGAAUCUAAUGUUGAAUAAUUUCUGUAAAACAGCUGUAAAGCUACACAGCAAAGGAUUUUUCUAACAAAUUUUGGGGGCCGUUACUGUGCUUAAGUUUCUCCAGACGCUUGCUUUAGAUUUUCCAUAUAUUUGUCUGCAAUUUUUACUGGGAAAUUUAAGUUGGCCGGAACAGGAAUUUUUACAGACAAAUGUAAAGAAAAUUUUUUAAAAAGGUUCUAGCCCAUGUAGAUGCAUGUAACACCCUCAAUUUUUUUCAGUAGAAUUGUUAGGAAUGAAACCUUGGCUUACAAUUCAUAUUCAUAUUUUUUCAGAACAGCCGUUUUACAGAAAUUGUUCAACAUUACAGUGCAAGCCAGAAUUAAGCAAACAAUGCAAACGCGACACAGACGCAUGGACGUGUCAGUGCUGAUGCCUACAUGUGUCAGGCAGGGAAAGAUUUUUCUUUUGUCAUACACUAAAACAGCUUUGCUUUGUGUGGCAUUGCUAUGAUAAACAAAACAAAUUCUCAGGUUUGAGGUAGCUCAAUAAUCCCUUGUUUAAUUAAGAGCACCAAGGACAUAAAUCAAGAUAACUUUGGCGACGUGGGUUCUGCUUAUUAUGCGUUCAUACACCAGAAGAAUACCAGCCAUUUUUAGAGACUUGAAAAUAAGAGCCUACAUUAAAUUUUAUUAAACAGUGACGAAUUUGGCGAUAAAGAAAUUGAUGUACGCAAAUAUCAACGGUAUGUUUACACUUAAUGCUCACUUAAUGCUGGCGAGUAAAAUAUUACUACUAACCCGACGACGAAUGAAUGUCUGCGUUGCAUGAUACAGAAUACUGGUUGCUUACUCUUUUUUAGGUUUUUGCUUCCCAUGUGUACAUGACAAAUUGAAAAUCAGAGUGCUCGCCUGCAUUUAACAACAACAAAAAUCAAUAUGAAAUAAAUUUGCAUACACGUACGAUCAAGAGAGUCAAUAUUUCACGCUAAAAUAAAUGAGUGAAAAUAUUUAUACAGCUAGCUAACCAAUUAACAAAUCAAUAUCAGAAAUCCCUUUUGCUUCAUGUGAAACUGUGGUUUAAGGUUUGCUCACUCUCAUAUUCCGGAUUCUUCUUUCCUUGUGUAACCCGAGACACAAAAAUACAAGGUAAUUGUAAACUAUGCUAAAAUGUAAACAAACAGCCCUAAAGAAUGUUCAGCACUUCAGCCCGUGAUGCUCAAGAUCUUAAAAUAAACUUGCUGACAUAGCGACAAUUGUCAGUGUAUAUGGUUUCAUUGCUUACUAAAAUCACUCAGGAUCUAAAAUUAGUGUUAGAACUCUUUAUCAUAGACUCGAAGUGUAAUUUGUAAAUAAAAAACUCUCUGUAUUAUCUUCCUAGUGAAAGAGUUAUCUCUCGCUGAGCUGUCAACCCCGGCUGUCAAGUACAGACUGGUGUGUUCUAAAAUUAACACUAUUUUGAUAGCGGUAGAGCUGGAAGUUUAAUAUUUGGAGCUUCUCAGAAAGUUUUAUGAGAAUGUACACGAAAACCUGAAAUAUAGUAUUUUUAUUUUUAUUUUACCCAUGACGAAUUACAUAUGAAGCAUGUAAGAAAUUAAACCAACCUUUUUCGCCAUGGGAACAGAAAAACUUAACGUCACUUUGCAAUCAAAGGCUUAUGUUAUUUACUAUUUCAAGCAUGCAUCCUCAAAACAUUAAGGCAGCAAAGUGCAAGUGUCACUUAUAAUGUGGAAUUCGUGUUCUUCGAAACACGAUCACCUUGUCAAAUACAUGCGAAACUCUCCUGGAGUUGAAUUCCUAAAAACCAUAUCCAAGUUCAGAUGGAGCAAGACAAAAAAAUCCUUUGUCAUCUGUCUACCCCCUAUCGAAUAAUAUAGUCUUCCCAUAGACAUUUGCUGCUUGGCAAUGCAAAGUUCUAAAAGAUAAAAUGUCAAGUUCUAAACAUGCCUCUUCAGUUGAAGUUUCAUUGAUGUCUCUAAAAACACAACAACAACAAGAAAGGAAAAAUUUUUGUCUUCAAGCGUGUGCCUCGAAGACUCAGAUAAAUAAUGUCCAUUGCUUGUCCUUGUGGUGUUGUAAAUGAUGUUUGCACGGUUUUGCUUCUACAAGGGCAAUCGAAAUUUAAUAUCUCUCUCAAUUUUCAAGCACUCGCUGCGUCGGCCAGACAACAAGCCGUGGUAAUGCGCUGCAGAGGACUAGAAUAUUUGUAACAUUUCCAGAUCUGUUAGGUCUUGGGUGCUUAGUGCGGGAUGGAAGUGGAGUGUUGGAGGCUGUGCCAAAGGUGUUGGGUGAGGGAGCAGUUGUACGUGAUGAGAAGGGACGAAAGGCUGGUCAGGCUUUGAUCGAGUGGGACAAUCCAGGGUGUGAUGACCAUAGGUGUGGCAAUGGACGUAGUAGGGCAGGGUCUCUUCCUUGA